AUGGCAACGAAGAACAGCUCAAGCCCCAUGCCCGCAGGCACGGCCCAGGGUGACCCCGGAGAGGCAGGCACGCUGUCAGCCCCAGAGGCUGGCAUCCGGGACAGAAGCUCAGCCACUCAGCUGAAGGCCAAACCCAAGUACGUGCGCAGGGUCAAGGCGCUCAUCAUCGACCUGGGCUCGCAAUACUGCAAGUGUGGCUACGCGGGCGAGCCGAGGCCCACCUACUUCAUCUCCUCCACCGUGGGCAGGUGCUGCUCCCAGGUGGGCGACGCCCGCAAGAACACCUACGUGGGCCACGAGCUGCUCCACGUGGAGGCCCCCCUGAAGCUGGUGAACCCCCUCAAGUACGGCGUGGUGGUGGACUGGGACUGCGUCCAGAGCAUCUGGGAGUACAUCUUCCACACAGCCAUGCGGAUCCUGCCCCAGGAGCACGCUGUGCUGGUCUCCGACCCCCCGCUCAGCCCCAGCAUCAACCGGGAGAAGUACGCCGAGCUCCUGUUUGAGACCUUUGGCAUCCCGGCCAUGCACGUGACGUCCCAGUCGCUGCUGUCCAUCUACUCGUACGGCAAGACCACGGGCAUGGUGGUGGAGAGCGGGCAUGGCGUCUCGCACGUGGUGCCCAUCUCGGAGGGCAACGUGCUGCCGGGCCUGGUGGGCCGCGCCGACUACGCGGGGGGCGACCUCACCAACUACCUGUUGCAGCUGCUCAACGAGGCGGGCCACAAGUUCACGGACGACCACCUGCACAUCGUGGAGCACAUCAAGAAGACGUGCUGCUACGCGGCCCUGCAGCCCGAGAAGGAGGUGUGCCUGGCCCUGGAGGAGCUGCGCGUGGACUACGAGCUCCCCGACGGCAAGGUCAUCACCAUCGGCCACGAGCGCUUCCAGGGCGCCGAGAUGCUCUUCAAGCCCGCGCUGGUGGGCAGCAGCCUGCCCGGCUUGCCCGUGCUCGCGGCCGCCUGCCUGGGCCACUGCCAGGAGGCCGGCCUGAAGGAGGAGAUGGCCGCCAACGUGCUGCUGUGCGGCGGCUGCACCAUGCUGGACGGCUUCCCCGAGCGCUUCCAGCGGGAGCUGAGCCUCCUGUGCCCCGGGGACAGCCCCACCGUGGCUGCGGCUUCCGAGAGGAAGACCUCCGUGUGGACCGGGGGCUCCAUCCUGGCCUCCCUGCAGGCCUUCCAGCAGCUCUGGGUCAGCAAGGAAGAGUUUGAGGAGCGGGGCAGUGCGGCCAUCUACGCCAAGUGCUGA